AUGGAUGCCGAGAUUCACUUCAUCGCCGAUUGGGAAAGUAUUUCAAAUAGCACGACUUUCUUAAAAUGUAUAAUAACUAUAAACGCUUUGAGCUCAAUUUCUGCUACAGUUCUGAACUCGCUAAUCAUGUUGACUAUUUUAAGAACCAAGUCCCUACAGAUGUCUUCAUAUAUUCUUAUCUUUARCCUGACUGCAGGCGACUUUGGAGUUGCCGCUGUUGUUCAGCCAUGUUUUACAAGCAUAUUAUACAAGUAUCUUACUAGUCACAGAGGAGAAUCGUUAAAUCUUGAGGUCACGGAAAUUAUUUUCAGAUACUCGUCUCAUGUGUUUAUUUACGCGUCUAUUUUAGCGGUAACAGCAAUAACAAUCGAUCGAUUUCUUGCUAUGYAGCUGCAUUUGAGAUAUCAUCAACUUGUUACAUGUAAGCGAACAAUUCAAAUGGUGGUUUUAGUUUGGGUAGAAAUCGUACAACACAGGGCACCCAUCAUGAGAUUGAAGAGAUCGCUAAAUAUCAUGUAUUUUAUACUUGGGACGUUUAUUGUCUGCUACUGUCCUUUCCUCUUUUAUUCAACAACCUACGAGAUCGUGGCAAUUAGGACAAGAUCCUACGWCAUAUUCAUGCCAAUUGCAAGUAUUACAUUGGUUUUGAUGAACAGCAUGUUGAAUCCUAUCAUCUACUGUUGGAGAAUAACAGAAAUACGCAAAGCACUGUUUAAGAUUUUACAUUGUACUAAAGGAAAUGAUAGCAAUGACAACAAUUACAUCAGCAGCCAUAAUAAAGACAAUGACGUCAAUGAUCAUAAUGAAAAUGACGUCAUUAAAGAAAAUGAUGAUGACUUCAUUGAAAAUGUUCACAGCUUAAAAAUAACGAUGCCAUAG